AUGGAGCUCAAUCUGCAUUCUUCUGGCGGCGGUCUUUUCGGAACACACAUCACUUGGGAGGAUAUCGAGAAGCAAAUUCAAGACGAGACGAAUCUCAAUGUCUUUUUUGGACCUAAAAAAUGUGUCCAGCUGAUUGGAGAGGGAAAUGGAUUCUUAUCGCGAAUUGCUUUGAUUGAAGCCGAUUUUCAGCAGAAAAUAGAUGAUUUGCCAUCUAAAUUUAUUGUGAAAAUGACGACUGCUCUGGCCGGUAUGGAAGUAGCUGAAGCGAUCGUUGUUCGACAGGACGGCGUUGAUCUGGAAAAGGUGUUCAAUGGAUAUGAUGCGUGUGUCAGAGAUUUACACAAUCGAGAAGUGAGCGUCUACCGAAUAUUUUCGCGCUUCGACAAUUCAAUUUCAAAAAUCCCGCGUAUUCACUUUUCUCGGGAGUUCACGGAAAGGAACGAACUAAAAGGUUUUAUUGGUAUGGAAUACGUAGACAAUACGGAACUUCGUCAUAUCCAUCACAAUGUUACCCCAAACGAGCUGUCAGAGGCUCUUCGUGCUAUCGCAUACAUUGAAGCGAAAAGUCUACAACUUAGUGAUGAAGAAAAGAAGAAAUUAGCCAGCAAUCCUAUACCAAUCAUAUAUUCUCCCUGGAUAAACGCAGAUAACAUGCCAAAAAUGUUCCAUGACAUGUAUACAGCAUCCGAAGAACUUAAACCCAGCGGUGAGGUGCUGGAGAAGAUUGCCGAUGAGCUGAUUCUGCUAGAGUUGACUUCGACGAUGAAUGAAGAACUGGGAAUGAAAGAUGUCCUUGUUCAUGGUGAUCUAUGGGCAGCCAAUUUAUUGUGGAAGAAAACAGUGAACGGGAUGAAAUUGAACAAAAUAUUGGACUAUCAGCUCGCUCAUUUUGGUUGUGCCGCAGUCGAUCUCAGUCGACUAUUCAUCACAACGUUAAGUGGCAAGGAUCGUCGAGAAAAUUGGGAGCAGUUAAUCGAAGAAUUUCACGGAUAUCUUAAUCAGUAUUGUGAAGAAGAAUUGCCGUUCACACUUGAGCAGCUGAAAGAAUCUUAUCGUCGAUUAUUCCCACUAGCUGGAGUACUUCUUCUCGAUGUAUUCGAUCCUGUUGCUAAAGUUGCUUCUCAAAAUCUACCAGACGAAGAGAAGGCGGCAGUGAGAAGCGUUUUGAUGGAGAAAACAGUCGCAUUAUUUGAAGAUAUGUUGUUCUAUGCCAAAAGAAAUCGGGAAGUUCGCAAAAAUAUUGGAAAGUAA